AUGUCUGGACGUCAAAAGCUUGUCAUUGUGGGUGGUUCUGUGGCUGGAUUGAUGAUCGCUCAGCUGUGCAAGGCCAAAUAUGACGUUACGGUACUGGAGCAGAGCAAAGACAUCUACUCCAAACACUGUACUGGCGGGCUAAGUCUUGGUGAAUGGGCGAUAAACAUCUUCAAAACCCACAUCCCAAAUGGCGAAUUGAUAAAGAAUGCCAUAUUUCACAAAGAGAUUGCAAUCGUCAGCGCAUUUGAAGGCGAGACCAAACAGUCAACGAUACCUUUGGAAAACUAUCCUGUUUGCACCACUACCUGGGAUGCGGUGUAUCGGACCCUGUUGUCAGACAUUCAGUAUAACAGCCGCACAUCAGAACCAAUGCUACUCACCAAUACCAAGGUCACCCACGCAAAGUACGAGGAUAAUGUUUGGAAAGUUUCGUAUACUACCGGAGCGACCUAUCAUGUUGAGCAAGCUGAUAUCCUCAUCGCAGCGGACGGUGCACACUCGACCAUACGCAAAGCGACUGUAACGAAUGCGCAACCCCAUUUCACAGGGCGUUUGGCUUGGAGAGGUCGGGUUCCGGGCAGUAUAGUCAUUCCUCAAGAACUCAAAGGCGUUCAGGAAGGCUUGCUUGUCUUUGUGAGAAUGGGCGGACAUUAUAUUAUCUUGCGAGUAAUCUUUCUAAGUGCGCUGGAGCCUCCAUUUCUGACGAUCAGCAGUUAUGCAGUUCCAAACAUCGAAAUCGCUGAUACAAGCGGUAAAGCAAGUAUGGAAUGGUGCUGGUACUAUCCGUACACGGAGGGCGCUUCACUUGAUGUCGAAAACAUUGCAGUCUCAUUUGUUGAGCUUGAUGAGCUUUUCAAGGACGACUUACGUGUUCAAAGAAUAAACGAGACAUGGAAGAAACACCUCCAGAUGACGAAGGAUGAGGUUCCACCAUCCAUCUGGACGGUACUCUCGUCUUGUGAUACUCCUUGGGUGACCAAAGUAACCUCUUUCCAGGAAGGACUUGUAGAUCCCUGUGAUCAAGGUAGCAUUGAAGGCUCUGAGAACUCUGGGGACUGUCGCUCCGUUUCGCUUUUGGGUGAAAAGUUAUUUUUGAUAGGAGAAGCUUGUGCCCAGCUCCCACCACACAUUGGAGCAAGUGUUGAUGCUACUGCUGAACAAGCCUUAGCCAUCACAGAUCGUCUGGAAGGCAACAUCGAUUCGAAGACAUACCUUGGGUGGGUUAAGGAGGUCACAGCCAGGAGACAUGAGGACAGUGAGGACACAGGCGAAAUGGGCAUGUACGAUCAUAUCAAAUAUCAGUAUUAG